GGUCAUGUGGGUAAAAAUCCACUCCACACGACCCGAUGUCCGUACGUACGUUCCUCAUUCAAAAAGUUGACCAUUUUUCCUUCGAGAUGGUAACAGUAAGGUUCCUACCACCCAUUAAAAUAUUUUGAAAAAAUUAAAUUAAAAAAAAAAAAAAAUAAUGACCCGAAUUUGAGCGGUAUAGCAAGCACCACCUCGAAUAACGGCGCUACGUUAAUAAUAAUAAACUUCUUCUUCUUCUUUCGGAUUUUUCGAUAAUCCGCGUGCUACUGACACGAUGGUCCUGCGAUUCGACGGCGUACUUUCGCGUUUAGUGUAUUUUCUUGCGGUCGUGAAUCACCACCGCAAUCACAAUUGCGAUGGGUUUAGUUUUACCGAGUUCAUCGUCGGUCCGAGGAUUGGACGAGGAGUUUCCAUUACACCGAAGAAUAUUAAAGUUUCCGUUGCCCAACAAUUAGUGAACCAACACGGAUACCCAUUUGAGGAGCACGAAGUGACAUCUGAAGACGGAUACAUUCUCACCCUACACAGAAUACCCAAGGGACGAAACGACGUUUCUCCCAAGAAGAAUAAACGACCCGUAGCCCUUUUUCAGCACGGCCUUUUGGCAUCUUCUGACGUCUUCUUCUUUAGAGGACCAGAACACGACCUACCAUAUUUAUUAGCUGACGCCGGUUAUGACGUAUGGUUUUCCAAUAUGAGAGGGAACAUUUACUCUUAUAAGCAUCAUGCUUUUGAUCCUGACAAGGAUCCUGAAUACUGGAAAUUUUCUUUACACGAAGUGGGUAACUACGAUUUUCCAGCGAUCAUCGACUACAUCCUGAACAUCACCAAAGAACAUUCCUUAUACUUCCUGGGACAUUCGGUGGGGUCCACGGCCGCCUUUAUAAUGGGGGCCCUGAGACCCCAAUACAAUUCAAAGAUAAAAUUACACUUGGCUUUGGCUCCCUUAGUUUACGUGCUGCACGAGAUGUCUUUUCCCCAUAAGGUGUUUUUGGGGUCAUCGAUGUCUUUGACUCAAAGCGUCGUCUCACGGAAUAUCUUCAAUGUUUUCCCUAGGAGGAGUUAUUUUUCGAAAUUCUUGGGAGCCCUGUGCGCCAACGGGGCACCCACCCAAUUUCUUUGUCUGAUUUUUAUUUAUUCUCUCGUGGGGAUCGAUGGGCAACAGUUCAAUAGCAGUUACAUUCCGGAGUUUCUCACGUACUUUCCUGCGGGUAGUUCGGUUUAUUUGACCGCCCACGCCACCCAAAUGUACGCCGAAGGGGAUUUUCGAGCUUUUGACUACCAAGAUCCCUUUUAUAACUUGCAAAAGUACAAGGGGUUGUCACUUCCGGUUUAUAAUUUGACCCUGGCCGACCAUCCGGUCACUUUACAUUUUGGAGAUGGGGACACCUUGGUGACGGAAGAGGAUUUAGCUUUCACCGAAAGUAAACUGCCUCGAGUCCUGGGCAAAUAUCGAGUCCCAUUCAAAAACUUCAACCACAUGGACUUCAUGGUCGGUUCGAACGCCAAAGAUUUAGUUUAUAACGAACUAAUCACCUUAAUGAACAACCACAGGUGACGUGAAUAUUAUUUAAAAUAAUUUUUAGAACCCGUUGUGAUAUAUAAAUUAAACAAUAAAAAAAAUGAACAAAACACAUUUAUUUAUUAAUUAAUAUUGUGUAUACAAAUCAUAAUUAUUAUUAUUGCUAAACAUCAAACAUACAGUAUUCUUA